UGAUUUAUCGCAGUAAAACCCAAUAUAAAAAGAAUAUAACAACAAUCAGCUGUUUUGUUUACAUUUUAUUAUUUUGUGAAAAGAGAAGAAGUGGCUGGAGAAUGAAAUAUUGAGAAUUUCGUGUAAUAAAACUUAAUCAGGAUACAGUUAAGAUAACUGUUAAAGUAUGAAAUACUGAAUUAAAACCUUAUUCGAAGACGAAUUUGAAAGAAUUAAAAUUUUCAGAAAUGUUCUUAACUCAGUAAGAUUCACAAAUAUAUUAAACGACUUUUAGGAUAUGACUAAGAGAACAUUAGAAAUGUCAAAUAAAAUAUAAAAAAGUAAACAGUAACAGUUCAAUGAUCAAUAUUAGCAACUAGCUGUUUUGUUUAAAUUAUUUUAUGGUUUUGUGAAAAAGAAGAGUGUUGACGGAUAAGUACAAUAAUUGAGAAUUUCAUGCAGUAAAAGUUUAUUAGUAUUUACGUCCUCCAGAUCCACUUAUGCCAGAUUUAAGAAAUCUCUUUCCAAGGAAUGAAAGAUACUUUCAAACAAGUGUCUGGUACUGCUGGCUUUGUCAGUUUAUUCGAUCUUUAACUUUCUUCUUGAUGGGAUUUAUUGGUUACAUGGUGAACGUUGUUUUUGGAAUCAUGCUCGUGUCAGGUGAAGAUAAAAUAACUGAGGGUUUGUUAUAUCCCCGAGAAUCAGAAACAAGAGAAGUUCGAUCUCUUGAUGGUGUGUGGAGUUUUGCAAAGUCAGACACCAAACAACCAAGUGAAGGUUUGAGAGAGAAAUGGUUCUUGAAAGAUCUUGCAGACUCAACGAACGUCAUUCAUAUGCCCGUUCCUUCAAGUUACAAUGACAUUGUAGAAGACGCGGCUGUACGCGAUCAUGUUGGAACGGUUUGGUAUGAAAGAAAAUUUUUUGUGCCAAAAUCAUGGCAAACACAACGUGUUUGGUUGAGAUUCGGAAGUGUUCAUUAUGAAGCUUAUGUUUGGAUCAAUGGAAAUUUAGUUGCACGUCAUUCAAUCGGUCAUCUUCCUUUUGAAACGGAGAUAACAAGUCAUAUAAAUUAUGCAAAAGAAAAUCGAGUCACAGUUUUAUGUGACAAUGUUCUACUUCAGACGACAAUUCCUCAAGGGAAGAUUGUUGAACAAGAUAGUGACAAUGGGCGAAUACCAAUCCAACAAUACACUUUUGAUUUCUUCAAUUACGCUGGCAUUCAUCGAUCAGUUCAUCUCUACACAACGCCCAACACUUUUAUUAAGGAAAUUAUUUUAGAUACUGAUGUUGACAGUGAAGGAAAUGGAAUUGUAGGAUUUAGGAUAAUUGCAAACAACAAUGACACAACAAAUUAUGCCAAAGUUAUGAUUUAUGAUAGAGAAAGGAAUAUUGUUGAUACACAAGCUGUAGAUGGAAGUUUGACUGGAACAGCCACGAUUAGAAAUGUCAAGAAAUGGUGGCCUUAUCUUAUGAGUUCAGAUCCCGCAUAUUUAUACACAAUCGAAGUGAAACUUUCAACACGUGCUGAAGAAAAUGUUGAUGUUUAUCGAAUGAAAUUUGGCGUUCGUACACUUAAGUGGACAAACACAUCAUUCUUGAUUAAUGAUAAGCCAAUUUAUUUUAGAGGAUUUGGACGACAUGAAGAUUCCGAUAUUCGAGGCAAAGGAUUAGAUUUCGCUUUGUUGACGAAGGACUUCAAUUUAUUGCGUUGGAUUGGCGCAAAUGCAUACAGAACUAGUCAUUAUCCUUAUUCAGAAGAAUCAAUGCAAUUUGCUGAUGAACAUGGAAUUAUGAUUGUUGAUGAAUGUCCAUCAGUUGAUACAGACAACUACAGUAAUGAACUGCUGUUGAAUCACAAAUUCAGCUUGGAACAAUUGAUUCAUCGAGAUAGAAAUCAUCCAAGUGUUGUGAUGUGGUCGAUUGCAAAUGAGCCCAGAACACAAAAGACAAAUGCUGAUCAAUAUUUUGCAGAAGUCGCAAGAUACACGAAACUUUUAGAUCCAUCUCGACCCAUCACAGCUGCUAUCGCUGUACAUAUGAAUUCAGAUGAACUCGCAAAGUAUUUGGAUAUCAUAAGUUUCAACCGAUAUAAUGCAUGGUACACAAAUACGGGACGUUUAGACAUGGUUACGAAUAAUGUUGUUAAUGAGGCAACGGGAUGGCAUGAAAAACACAACAAACCCGUUCUUAUGAGUGAAUAUGGUGCAGACACUGUGGAAGGUCUUCACAUGUUGCCAGCUUACGUAUGGUCUGAGGAAUUUCAAUCGCAACAAUUUUCAAAGCAUUUUGAGGCAUUUGAUCGAUUGAGAAGCAGCGGGUUUUUCAUUGGAGAAUUUGUUUGGAAUUUUGCUGAUUUUAAAACUGCACAGACAUAUACACGAGUGGGUGGCAAUAAAAAAGGAGUUUUCACCCGAAACCGACAGCCAAAAGCUUCAGCACAUUUAUUACGUAAAAGAUAUUUUGAACUCGCAUCUGAACUUGAUAAUUAUCAUACAUUGCCUACAAAUCUUUACGAGUAUACCAGUCAGAAUCAGAAGCAACUCGAUAGAAAUGAACUUUAAGUAUUUCAUUUCAUUUUAAAUUUGUGAAACUUUUUCUACAUAUGAUACGACUCUAAUCAAGAUUUAAUAAAAAAAAGCUUUCGAGAGAUUUUGGAUUAAAAUGUUUCGCCUAA